AUGAAUGAGGAGGUUUUGAAGCAUGAGAAGGCUCUCAUGAAAGAUCUGAUGUUGUAUAUAAAGGGUGUUCCAACAGAGAGGGAGCCACUGGACGCGUUUUGUGGCCCACAAGCGGCUCAGGCUUUUGAUAAAGCGGUUGAGAGAAAAAUAUCGAUUAUUUAUCUUCAAAUCAGUGUAGCAGUCGUGAUAACUGUUCAGUUAUUACUCCCAAUACUAGCGUUUAAAAAGACGUCCAAUGUGGAUCAAUUUUUGGUGGAAAAUCAAAGAACGCGGUUGCGACAGAACUAUAUAAUGCAAAGAGCAUUAGAUAGCGACAAUGAUGACAAAUUUGACAUAACAUAUGUCAAAGCACCACUGGUUAAUAAGAACAACCCCGAAGAAUUGCCCGCUCUCAUCGUUGACUAUGCUAACAUGAUUAGAAACGACAUUAUAUUGUUGGACAACUCGGUAGAAACACGGACUAGAAAGAGGGGUAAUAUAAAGGUAGAAAAAUAUGACAUAACUGUCCUUAAAAGAAGAAGACACAACGACAAAUCUGUGGAAGAAUUACCGGAUGAACUAAAAUCACGAUGGGUUGCUGUUAAGAAGCCCGUCACUAUUGGAUGCGUUUGUACAAGAGACAAUGUUGAUUUUGAUUGA